AUGAACAAAGUCGGUGGCCCCCGAAGCACCGAAGAGAUCCAAGCCAGCACCCGCGUGGACCUCAACCGCGCGUUGAACAAGCUUAUAGAACCCAUGCAAAAGCUGUGUUUCCAAGCUGCGGAAAAACAGAUGCCAGCUUGUCCAGACUGGACGUCCGUCGCCAUUUACCCCAAGAUACUGGAGCUGUUUUCGCACAUGUCGGCGCGCGUCAUGGUCGGCCCCGAGCUCUGCGAGGCUUGGCCAGCCAUUGCAAUGAAGUACAUCAAAAGUGUUCUUGCCGCCCAAGGCACCAUUCGGAAGAAGUACUGCCCCGUUCUAUACUGGACGGCCUACUACCUGAGUCCGGAGGUGGCUCAGGUUAACAAGGCGCGUCGCCAAGCCGCCCAGCUCGUGCGCCCUGUUCUCGAGGCUCGCCAGGCCGCCUACGCGUCCCGCGGCGCCGAGGUCGAAAAGCACGACGACUUCAUCCAAUGGAUCAUGGACAGCUAUCGCGCAAGUGGCAAGACAGCUACUCCAGACGAUAUUGUACAGAACAUUUUCAUCGUCAUGUUUGCAUCCAUGCACGGUACAUCCUUCAUCGCGUUGCAGUCGCGUUUCAGCCUGGUUGGCACGCCCGACGCCCUGAUUGAGAUUCGCAAAGAAAUCAAACGCGUGUCGAGGAAUGAUCUCAAGGAUUCUCCCGUCCACAGUUCAGCGCUUCGCUAUGACCCAUACACAUUCAAAGACGGCCUGCACGUUCCCGCGGGCAUCGUACUAUCGUUUCCCAACUUGCGAUACAACACAGACCCCACGACCGGCUUGGUGCCCGAGGCUGGCAUAUUUGAAGGCAAGCGCUGGCUGCGGCGCCGUGCAGAGUUCAACACGAGCAAGUUUCAAUUCGCAUCCACCGCCGAGGAUGCCUUCGACUGGGGCGGGGGGCCGCAUGCGUGUCCGGGGCGCUUCAUGGCCGACGUCACCAUCAAGCUGAUCCUCAUUUGCCUGGUCACCAAGUACGACAUGAAGCUCCCCGAGAAAGAAGGGGAACGGCCCUCGGAGUCGAGACGCUUUAUGGAUCUGACGCCAGAUACGUCCACGCCGAUGAUGGUCAGAGAUGUGCAGGGCUGA